UAGUCGGCAAGCAUUGAUUUUUGUAACAUUUUUGGCUAGAGUUGCGUGCUUGUGCCGGUGGCAGUAAACACUCCGUCCACCUCCAUACCCAACGCCCACGCCACCCUAUCCAUUACCUUCAUUUAUAGCCCAUCUACAUCAUCAUACUUUCACAUUUCACCUACUCUUCCCUCCCUUUCUCGAUUAUUAGUUUGAUUAUACUCUCUCUUUCGUGAAUUAAAGAAGCCCCCCUGGUGGAUUCCACCGUGCCAUCACUGGGAAAUUGGGCAUGGCGAGCUCUACUCUGUUGAAGUCAGAUGCGAUCAUGGAGCAGAUGAAGCUCCAUAUGUCGACCGAUGCUGGGAAACAGCUUGUUAAGAAAAUUGGACUCGUUUAUCAAAUCAAUAUUGCUCCUAAGAAAAUUGGGUUUAAUGAGAAGUCUUUUGUGGUUGAUUUGAAGAAAGGAGAGGUUAAAGAAGGGACGUAUGAAGACGGGAAGCCAGAUGCAACUUUCUCAUUCACUGAUGACGAUUUUGUUAAGGUUGCUACUGGGAAGAUGAACCCUCAAAUUGCUUUCAUGAGGGGUGCAAUGAAGAUCAAGGGUAGUAUUAGUGCAGCUCAGAAAUUUACUCCGGACAUUUUCCCCAAGCCGUCAAAGAUGUGAGCAGCAGUAAGGGUACUGUGGACUAAAAGGUUACCGAGUUGAGGAUAUUGACCUUUUUCGGUGUUCAGAUUGGUUAUAUUGUAGCUGAAAUUUCCUGCAUAUGAAAACGUAUUCUUAUAAAGGCUCUAUUUUCAUGCAACACAUUCUUAUAAAAUGCUCGCUUACUUCAGGUAUUGGAAGCAUAAA